GUUCCUCUUCGUUAUUGUUAGUGUGAUAAAAAUCAUGAUGCUCGGUACUGACAAGGUUAUGACUUGUUUUCCGCAGGAAAAUUAUGGCUAUGGUGGUGCGAUUGGUUAGAGGGGAGUGGAGAAAAGACGAUGAAGGCUGUUACGAACAUGUAUCCGCUUUGGAAGGUUUUACGAUGGCAAUUCGGCUGAGGGAGACAGAUGGAUAUAAUAAAGUUGUUACUGCGGUGAAGGAAAGAUUGGCGCUUCGCGAUACAGACGAAAUCGAGCUAAGUUAUCAGUGGCCGCAGUGGAUGAUGGGUCCCGACUGGAAACGAGCAGACCCAAUACACAUCCUUAAUGAUGAAGAUAUGACGUUGUUCAUGGCGAUAAGGGCUGAUCUUGAAGAGGUGCAUCUGCGAGUUAAGGUGAUAAGGGGAGGGCUGGAGAAGAAUGUUAAUACUUUCACAAGCCAUUUAGAUCUGGGAGGAUUGACAUCAAAGGAGAUAUCUGAUAAGUACUGGAAUUCCGCGGAAACGAGGUCAGUUUGGGAUAGUGCGUUAACCCGGUUGUUAACGCGAAAUGCAGGCGUGGAUAAGCGUAAUACCAGUGAACUACAGCAACAAGGACACGAAGAGAUUGACAGACCGAGAAGACUAAACCUGAAUGGAGGGGUAAGGAUACAGGAGCCAUUAAACGCAACACCUCUUAGAACAGCGGUAUCCAGGCAGGCCGAUAACACAGAGAAACAAAAAGAAACAGCCGGCGAGAAAGGCAAAGGACAUGUUACCGAGGCAGCAGUGUUAAAAACAGCUCACGCUAAUGGAUUAGCAUGUAAAGAAAUGUUUGAGGUAGCGCAAACAUCUACAGAACCGGAUUUUAAGGCUUUUAGAAGAAACUAUGUCGGGGAAAUGUGGCGGGAUGUGUGUGCUACAGAGAUGACUCUAGGAGGACAGCAAGGUGGGACAGUUCUGGCCAACGAGGUAACAAAGACAGCGAGAGAAUUGAAUUUUGGGGUAACAUUGUCACAACAAACCCCUGCUGAAGACGAAAGCCUACGACUCACCCUUUCUGGCGCAUCAAUGGCAACAAACCAACGAACAAUCUUAACGUUGUCGUCAUCAGACUCUUCAUUCGGCACACCGACUUCCCCUUCAACCAGUAUUUCGUUCUCAACAGAGGAGCUAAUGGAUAUAGAGAUAGGUAACCUAUCUCCUACCGGCGUAAUAGGGCCAACCGCAAUGGAGGACUAUUACACAGACCCGGAUGGACCAUUGUGUUUGACUCCAAGAGUUCCCAUAGCGGGGGGAGUAACAAUAGGUACCCCGGUAAUGGAAAAGGGAUCUGGUUCAACUCAGGGAAAACAGGUUUCGGAGGGAGACAGACAAAUGGUGGUAAGAGAGACGCCAGUCCCAACAGUGUUGUAUGAUCGGGAUGCACCUCCGUAUUUCGAUGACCCGGGAGAGGAAGAUUACCUUCAACGAGCGCUUAAAGAUGCAGAUUAUGAAGGGGAUAACAUUUUCGUGGGAAGCUUGUUCAAAAACAAGGAUGACUGCUGCACAAAACUAGCUAUUCAUGCUAUCCUACGAAAGUUCCACUUCAUACAUGCUAAAUCUUGUCCAACAAUGGUGAUAGCUGUUUGCGUCGGAACCACAUGCCCGUGGCGGGUUUAUGCAACAAAAUUAGAAGACAGUGAGCGGUUUGAAGUGAGGACGGCAAUACUGCAACACACCUGCAGCGUGGACGCCAGAGGAGACUUCCACAAGCAAGCAUCAACAGCAGUUAUAGGGAAGCUGAUGAGGACACGAUAUGUUGGGGUUGGAAGAGGACCUAGGCCUAAUGAGUUGCGGAGAAUGCUGAGGCAAGAAUUCAGUCUCAAUGUGUAUCCAAUGGCAUCCCACGCGGCAUGUGUGGUUCAUUUGAAAAGAAAUAUAAUCGCCAUCUUCAAAAACGAAGCCCUAGGAAGUCUAGUGUCGAGCGCAGCCAGAGCCUACCGCCUAUGUGAUUUCAACAAAAUCUUUGCGGAGAUACGAGCAAUGAACGGGCCAUGUGCUGACUACCUCACCGGAGUAGGGUUUGAGCAUUGGACCCGAUCUCAUUUUGUUGGGGAAAGAUAUAACGUGAUGACAAGCAACAUCGCAGAGUGCUUAAACAAAGUGUUGACAAUGGCAAGAGACUAUCUGGUGAUCUCGAUCCUCGAAUCUUGGAGAACAACUUUGGUUACGUGGUUUGCUCUACGGAGGGAAGCAGCUCGUAUGGAAGAAAACAUAUUGCCUCCAAAGGUAAAUGAUAUAGUCAUAGAGAACUUUGAAAAAGGGGCAGGAUUUGGAGUGUUGAAAAUAGAAGAUGGGCUAUAUGAGGUGAGAGAUAUGGUGGACUGCGGAGAAGGGAUAAGAGUUGACACCAUGGUUGGAGUCCACCACACAGUUCCACAACUACGGUCAGCAUACAAAGAAAUGAUUAUGCGCGUCCCAGAUAUGGCAACACUAGCACCAUCACCAAAUGAUAUCGGAGGAGGGAAGCUAGCACCACCAUAUGUUAGAAGGCCACCAGGGCGACCAAGAAAAAGAAUACUAUUUUCUCGGGGAGAAUUCAAGUUAUGUUCCAGAGGACGUCGGAUAAGCGCUGCACACGCUGCCGUUCCCUGGGCCACAAUCGAGCAACAUGCAGGGGACCUAUGAUGGUAACAAAUUUAAAUUUUAUUU